GUCGCUGUUCUCCACAAAAAAAUCUUUAGUGGGCUGGAAAAUCUCAGCUCCUCCCUGAUUCCGAGCUGACAGUUCAGUCCGAGUGCAGAGGAGGAUGGCGGAAUAGUCCUGGAGGCCCCGGGCGCCGAUGUCCUGGAUUGAAACCGGCUGGCGGGGAUUUAUGCAAGUAUUCUCGUGUCUCACCAGCCACGCAAGUGCCGCUUAGUGUAACACCGCUUGGACCUGCCAUGUCGGCGCCCAGACUAGGCGGCCCGGCGGGGAGGCAGCUGCUGCGUCUGGUGCUGCUGCAGGCGGCCUGGGCGGCGGGGAGCGGCCCGCUGCAGUACUCGGUGCCGGAGGAGGCCAAGGCCGGCACGCUGGUGGGCCGCCUGGCCCAGGACCUGGGGCUGGAGGCCGGGGAGCUGGCGGCGCGGAGGCUGCGGCUUGGGCGGGACGGNNUAUUGUUGGCUACAAAUGUCCAGCUCGGGAUCCUUAAAAUUCUGUCGCGGCUGGACCGGGAGGAGCUGUGCGGCCAGAGCGCGCGCUGCGCCCUGCACCUGGAGGUGCUGGUGGACAAGCCGCUGCGGGUGUUUCACGUGGAGGUGGAGAUUCAGGACAUCAACGACAACGCGCCCGUGUUCCCGGUAGGAGAGCGAAAUCUCUUUAUAUUAGAAUCGAGACUGCCGGGCUCCCGCUUCCCACUAGAGGUCGCAUCUGAUGCGGAUAUCGGCACAAAUGCUUUGCUGAGCUACAAACUCAGCCCUAGCGAAUAUUUUUUUCUCGACUUGCAAACCAAUGGUGACCAAAGCAAAUCCGCAGAACUUGUGUUGAAGAAACCUCUGGACCGCGAGGAGACCCCCGUGCACCACUUGCUCCUGACGGCGACUGACGGCGGCAAACCGGCGCUGACGGGCACUGUUGAGCUGGUGAUCACGGUGCUGGACGCCAACGACAACGCGCCCGUGUUCAGCCAGGCGGUUUAUGAAGUGAGUCUUCCGGAGAACGCAGCUAACGGGACCUUAGUCAUAAAAGUAAACGCCACAGAUUUGGAUGAAGGGAUUAAUAAGGAUAUUUCAUACGCCUUCAGUAGUCUUGUUCCUGCCGUUGUCAGAAAAUUGUUCAGUAUAGACUCAGGAACUGGCGAAAUCCGAGUUACAGGAGAACUGGAUUUCGAAGACACGAAUUUCUACAGCAUUCAAAUUGAAGCUACGGACAAGGGCGCUUACACCAUGUCCGGACACUGCCGCGUUGUGGUGGCGCUUGUGGACGUGAACGACAACGCGCCGGAGCUGUGGGUGACGCCGCUGUCGGUGCCGGUGGCGGAGGACGCGGCGCCGGGCACGGUGGUGGCGCUGAUCCGCGCGCGGGACCGGGACUCGGGCGCCAACGGGGCCGUGACGCUGUGGCUGCGGCCCGAGGCGCCGUUCCGGCUGGUGUCGAGCUUCCGCGACUCCUACUCGCUGGUGCUGGCCGAGGCGCUGGACCGGGAGCGCGUGGCGGCCUACGAGGUGGAGGUGCGGGCCCGCGACGCGGGGGCGCCGGCGCUGGGGGCCAGCAGCCGCCCGGCGGCGCUGGUGUGCGCCAGCGAGGUGGGCAGCUGGUCGUACUCGCAGCGCCACAGCCGCCAGCUGGGAGUCGGCGAGGCGGCGGGCAAGGCCGACCUCAUGGUGUUCAGCCCCGGCUGCCCGCCCGCCGCCGCCGCCGGCAGUGCGGACAAGAAGACGGGAGGCGGCGGCGCCGGCCCGGAUGGCAGCGCAAUGACUUUAACCUUUGAUGUUUACAUUGUGGAGGGCAUUGCUAUACUGAGAGGUAACAUGCCUGCUCCCAGUGAACUGGUGUAG